AUGAAGGAGAGCGUCGAGCUGGCCGACCCCUUCGGCCUGAACCUCUUCAACGCCUGCGUGGAGUUCAAUCCGCAGAUUGAGGCGGCCAUCAGCCGGUACCGCCCGGACGCCCUCAUCCUCGACCACUUUAUGAUCGCGCCGGCCUUCCUAGCCGCCCGCGUUCCCUGGUUCAAGCUGAGCUCCUCCAAUCCGCUGGGACUUUUCAGUGGACUUUUACCCGAGGGGAAACUUCCGCCCGGGGAGUCCGGUUAUUCACCUUAUUCAGCACCGGAUUCUCCAGAGCGAAAGUUGUGGACCGAGUUUGCCGCCUACAAGACCGAGUUCAACAAUCGCUUUCGAAAGUACCAGGAGAAGCUCUUCCAGCACUUUGAGUUCCCGUACUCGGCUGAAGAUCUUCCUUCUGAAGGAUCGCUCAGUAUAAAGUCCAAAUACGGCGUCAUCUACGGCUACCCAAAGGAGCUCGACUACCUGGGCGACCUUUCUGAGGAGGAGGACCUCCUGAAAUGCUCAAACUUCAUUCGCAUUGACGCCUUCUCCCGAGAGGAGCCCAAGAGUAAGGAGGAGGAAGAGGGUGAAAAGCCUCAAUUCGAACUUCCAGAAAGUUUUCGAAAUCCUCCUCAGCCAGGCCAAAAGCUAAUCUACUUCUCCCUGGGCACCGUGGCCUGUCUCGACGUUCAACUAGUGCUCAAGCUGGUCGGCUGGCUGGCCAAGACCUCCCAUCGAACCAUCGUCUCCAAAGGCCCGCUUGCCGAUGAGUUUGAACUUCCCGGCCCCGCCGACCAGGUCUGGGGACGGGAGAACCUUCCGCAGACGGCCCUUCUUCCCCUCGUCGACCUGGUGGUCACCCACGGCGGAAAUAACACGGUGACGGAGGCGGUGGCCGCCGGGAAGCCACUGCUCGUGCUGCCCAUCUUUGCCGAGCAGGCCGACAACGCCCAGCGAGUCGCUGAUAAGGCCUUUGGCGCCCGACUAAAUCCUUAUCAGGUGGAGGAGGAGGUGUUUCUGGAGACGGUGGAGAAGAUCUUAGCAGAUCGGGAGAUGGCUGAGCGACUGGUCAAGGCUAAGGAGCGAAUCGAGAGGGAGAAGAGCAAGGAGAAGGCAGUGGAGAGGAUUGAGGCGAUUGUGCGUCAGUUUUAUGCUGAAAAGAAGUAG